UCCUCCUCGUUCUGCUGAUGUUGUUUUCCCAUUGCUUUCGGAAGCCGACCGCCGGUGUCAUUCCAAAUUUUUGCUCUGCACUUCACUGCAGCCGCAGUGCCGGCGGGAGCGGCAACAUAGGCCUCAGCAGCAGAGGAAGCCACUUCCUUUAAUAUUGGCAGGGUGGAAAGUGUUCCGUUUUUUCGUCAUUCUUCACGGGUCUUUCGUUCGGUUCGGUGUUAGCGUGCUUUCGUCGAUCUACGCUUAAUGCUGUUGGCGCUGCUGGCGUCGUCGGAGUGCGUAUACAUGCAAAAAAAAUCAGCUGAAUAAACGACCGAAUCGACCUUAGUAAUUGUACUGUUAUUAUUGCCUCCUAUGAGGGUCUGCUGUGUUGUGGCAAAUCAAUAACCGUACGGCCUGGAAGUAAGCAGACAGGUGACAGUGAUCGGCACCUGUCGAUUGUCAGGCCUUAAAUUCGAAAAUACGGAUUGACAGUCAGCCGAUUAGCCUAGAGGUUGGCAUGAAGUGAACUCCACGAUUUUUGUGUUGUCUUAAAUACUCAGAGGAACGUUUUUUAACUGAUUAGUCAGAGUGGCAACAAAAAGAAACGAGCGGUGGUGGAUAAACUUGCAUAUGCUGUCAUGACGCGUUGACAAAUUGCAAGCGGAAUAUGUUCUUGGGCUUUUCACCGAUAUACGACCCGACAAGUCUUACGGAUAGCUUUGGAUGUGCUUUGCCGUAUUCUUACUGAAACAGGUAAACUGUACAUUUCACGAGGCUCUUUCGUUUGGGUCAGAUAUGGAACGAAUUGAAAGUAUUUUGGAGGAUGUCGUUCGCGGGGAGGCUGUUAAUGAUGAUGGAGCUGGAUGUGUUGACUAUAGUAUCCAGGAUCAAUUGGCAGAACUUGCUACGAAAGGAGUCGAGUCUCAGUGUACAGCCGACUUUCGUCCCGUUUUGAUGAAAAAUGUGACGUACAUCGCUGGUGCGGUCGUCUUCAAUGACAAAGGCGAAGUGCUUCUAAUGCAAGAAGCAAAGGUGUCCUGUGCGGGCACUUGGUAUCUUCCUGCAGGGAGGGUCGAACCUGGUGAACAGAUCAUUGAGGCUGUUCGACGCGAAGUUUUCGAAGAGACCGGACUAGAUUUUCACCCACAGUCGUUACUCUGUGUAGAAACUGCAAAAGGUUCCUGGUACCGCUUUAUUUUCACUGGCGAAAUUAUAGGUGGCAAACUUAAGACGGUCGCAGAGGCAGACGCCGAAUCGCUUCAGGCGGCCUGGGUUUCCAAUAUUUCAUCCCUGAGUCUACGAGGCAAAGACAUCAUCAACGUCAUUGACAGAGCAAGGCAAUAUUUUUCCGAUUUACGCCGAGUGAAUUUCUCCUUACCAGCAGUAAAAAGCCACUGCAAACUCUAUCUUCGGAUCGUCUGUAUUAUCAAGAAAAAGCUCAACAACCGGGUGCACGUGCUUGUUUCAGAGAAAGGCUAUCCUCACGUGCCCCUAACAGAGAUCAACCCCAUGCGUAGUGUUCAUACUGCCCUCAAAAGAUUCAUGAAUCAUGUUUUCAUCAAUGAUCCUCCGCCUCACAAACCCCAUGGAGUUUUAUCGGUGGAACAUGAUGGUACACCGAUCCAUGCUAAUGACGGACUAUGUCUGAGCGUGCUAGUUUCGUGCAAAAACUGUCUCGAAGAGGUGUCUUUGUGUCCAAGCUACACAUGGCUUGAAAUCAGUACACAAUUAGCUGAUCAGCUUCAGGCGAAAAUUAAACCUCAUACUCUUACUGCUCUGACGGUCUAAUUGAAACACUCA